AUCUGGCAACACUGCAGGAAGCAAACGUGAGUUCUUUCCAUAAAACAGACAAAUUUAUCAAAAUUCCAGAAAAAGGAUAAAGUUAAGCUGGACGUCGAACUUCUUUGUUUUGUUUACUAAGCAUUUGUAGGGAAAAGAUACAAGGGAUAGUUUUAGGACACUCGCCUUAAAGCAAUCAGUAUCUAGCAAAGCUCUUCUAGUAAAGUCGUAGUUGCUCCUCUAGCAAUGAAUAAACGCAAUAAUAUUCGUUUACCCCCUGAAGUAAACCGUUUGCUUUACGUACGCAAUUUGCCAUACAAAAUCACUUCGGAUGAAAUGUAUGAUAUAUUUGGAAAAUUUGGUGCCAUAAGACAAAUUCGAGUUGGAAACACUCCUGAGACACGAGGAACUGCCUUUGUUGUCUACGAAGACAUAUUUGAUGCUAAAAACGCUUGUGACCAUUUGUCUGGCUUUAACGUGUGUAAUCGUUACCUCGUUGUCUUAUACUAUCAAUCAAACAAGGCGUUCAAACGACUGGAUGUGGACAAAAAGCAGGAAGAACUGAAUAAUAUAAAAUCUAAAUAUAACCUGAAGACUCCCGAAGCACCUUAAGUGCAUUCUAGUGCGUUUCUAUUUCUAAUGUUCUUUGUAUUAUUUAAUUGUGCAAAACAAUAUACCUCCUGCACAGUGAUUUUAUUAUGAAAAAUUUAAAAAUUUAUAAUUCUUGGAUUAUUUAAUGAUUUUCAGUUCUAAUAAUUAAAAAUUGAUGCGGUUCAAUUCAUCAAACUCAUCUUGUGCGCGUCUUUUUUUUAUUAUUUUCAUCAACUGUGCAAUCUUAUUUCAUCUUCAUUGUCACCAUCAUUAUCAUAACAUCAUUCUAAUAACAAGCAAUAAAUGUAAAAU